CGGUUUCAAGUUCCCCGGCGGUGGGAGCGGUGCUGAUUUGUGGCUCGCGCCGGAGAUGUGAAAAGGGAGGACGCGCGCGCGGCGCCGUGGCUAUGGAGAUGCUGGUGUGUCUGUGUGGCGCUCGCGGCCGCCGCCUUUGACAGGUGAACUCCUGCGAGAGUCUCGAGCGUCGGGCGUCCAGCUUCCGGCCUCAUGUACGGCAAGGGGAAGGGGGCGGCGGUGCCGUCCGACAGCCAGGCCCGCGAGAAGUUGGCGUUGUACGUAUAUGAGUACCUCCUCCAUGUAGGAGCCCAGAAGUCUGCGCAGACCUUCCUGUCUGAGAUCCGAUGGGAGAAGAACAUCACGCUGGGGGAGCCCCCGGGAUUCCUGCACUCCUGGUGGUGUGUAUUCUGGGACCUGUACUGUGCGGCUCCUGACCGGCGAGAGACGUGUGAACAUUCCAGCGAGGCCAAGGCCUUCCACGACUACAGUGCGGCUGCUGCCCCCAGCCCGGUGAUGGGCAACAUGCCCCCCAGUGAUGGCAUGCCAGGGGGGCCCAUGCCCCCUGGUUUCUUCCAGGGGCCCCCCGGAUCGCAGCCGUCCCCCCACGCGCAGCCCCCCCCUCACAAUCCCAGCAACCCCAUGCUGGGGCCCCAUAACCAGCCCUUCAUGUCUCCGAGGUACCCGGGUGGGCCUCGUGCAUCACUCCGCAUGCCAAACCAGCCCCCAGUUGGUGUUCCGGGGUCCCAGCCGCUCUUGCCAAACAGCUUGGACCCGACGAGGCCCCAGGGACACCCCAACAUGGGCGGCCCAAUGCGGAUGAACCCACCGCGGGGCAUGGGGGGCAUGGGGCCCCAGAACUAUGGCGGGAUGCGGCCCCCUCCCAACUCGCUGGGCGGUCCAGGAAUGCCAGGGAUGAACAUGGGUCCCGGUGGACGGGGUCCCUGGCCGAACCCGAACGCUAACUCGCAGAUAGCGUACUCCUCCUCGUCUCCAGGCAACUACGUGGGUCCUCCGGGCGGGGGGGGUCCACCGGGAACUCCCAUCAUGCCCAGCCCGGGAGACUCGACGAACUCCAGCGAGAACAUCUACACCAUGAUGAACCCCAUCGGCCCGGGGGGCAACAGACCCAACUUCCCCAUGGGACCCGGUCCCGACGGUCCGAUAGGAGGGAUGGCCGGGAUGGAGCCGCACCACAUGAACGGGUCGUUAGGUUCGGGGGACAUGGACGGGCUGCCCAAGAACUCUCCCAAUAACAUGGCGGGGAUGAACAACCCCCCCGGGACGCCGCGGGACGACGGCGAGAUGGGCGGCAACUUCCUGAACCCAUUCCAAAGUGAAAGUUACUCCCCCAACAUGACGAUGAGUGUGUGAUUUCUUCACUUUAUUUUAUUCCUUUCAUUUUCUUUUCUUUUUGUUUUGUGUUUUUUUUAUUUUGUUUUCCUUUUUUUAAUUUCCCAACCCACCACUCCCCCCCCCCCCCCCUCCCCGGUCCUGCGCCUCACACUCCCACUUCCUCCUCGAACCCGCGUCACUCCGCCGGCUCCCCCGGCCCCCUGCCGUACCCUCGGACGUGUUGCGCAGCCCCCCGGACUGCCUGCGGAUCGCGGUGCCCCCCGGCGCAAGCCCUCCCAUCCCGGAGCGUGCAAAAUGGGCGGCGGCGGCAGCGGCGGGGGCGGGGGCAGGAAGCCGUCGCAGAGGCAAAGGAAGAGCUUCCUGUCCGAGUCGCCGUGCCUCCCCGGCUUCUUGACGGGCCCCGGGCAGUGAGAGCUGUGAAGAAGCUCCUUCCUCCUCCUCCCACGUUUAGCGAGAGGGACUCGCGUGUCUAACGGCGGCCGCCCGGCUCUGUAUGUAUCGUACCGUGUUUUACUGUCUGUGCUCAUAAUGGUCGGCUUUCGUUCCUUGGACUCCGGGUUGGACACCUUAAGGACGCGUCCCCGUUGGGCAUCGCUCGUGGGACAAGCACGGCGGCCUGGCAAGUGCCCCCCCCCCUUUUCCUUUAAUUUUUUAAUUGUAACGAACCUUUUAAAAGCACCCCCACCCCAGAUAAACUAUAAAUAGCACAUGGGCGUGACCCGAAAGUACAGCGAUUUACAGUAAAAGUGCUUCCUUUAAAGUGAAGCCACACCCCCCACACACACACACACACACACACACACUUCACUCACUGCACUCUUGGUCGCCCACUCCGGGCUCACCCCUCGCUCACUGAUCUCGCUCCCAGGGUUUCACUGAACUGCUGUGGAGUUGUUGCACACCAACUUCCCCCCUUACCGUGGUAAAAGCAACUUAGUGCCCAGCCCCCCUGAGCAGAUCCGCACCGAUGGGCCACUGGGUGCACUUCCUCCCGCGGUGCUUCUCUCACUUGUCUCUGAGUGUUUGAGGUGAACUCGCUGUCCUGUACCCCGUUGGGGAAAGCGGUACCUGUGUAAAUACUGUAGUAUAAACCUCAUGGAGACGGAUGCCCUUCCUGCAGUCUCCACCCGGGGGCGCUGUAACUUGUUCCACUUUGCUACUUUUCCCGCACCGUCGCUGUGUCUGUCGUCCGUCUCUGAGCUCGCGAGGGGGUCCGUGACCCGGGGGUCCGGAGAGAAGACGGUCGUCGGGGCCGUCGGCCGAUCGGCCGCUGCUGUCGCGGGCCCGGCCGACGGGGAAGGUUCUGGGGCUCGACGCGUCUCGGUCCUUCGGGUGGAAACCCGCGUCGAGACGCAAGAUGUGCCGCUCGCUGAAGAGAGAGACUCCGUCACUGCCGCAUUCCUCUGCGGUCCCUCUGAAACGGUCGCCGCGGCGCUCCUGGCCACUCCCUCGCUCGGCUGCUCGCCGCCGUGGCUCCACCCGCCAACGUCUCCGGGGCAACGCCGACCGACAGCGGAGCCCACCUAUCGGAGCAAGCGGAUUCCGCGAUGGGAUCGGUUGGGUCGGGAACAAUCGGGGGCGCCGUCGAGGUGCAAACCCCCCCCCCCCCCCGCCGCCGCGAGGUCGCAUGACCCCGUUCCUGUGUUUCGUGUCCAGCCUGGAGGGAUUGUGUAAAUACUGUACAUGCAUUUUGAUAUCAUUGUCAUGUUUUGAUAUCCAGCUCACAGCAACCAGUUCUGGGUUGGGAGGAACAAGCGUGUGUGUGCGCGCGCGCUUUUAUUUCACUGUUGUAAAAAUAAUAAAGUAUGAUGCCCAUGGAUGACGCUGGGUCACGAUGAAUAUUCUCUCAAACGGCUGCGUUACACACCUUCGACAUUUUUAUACUAAGGCAUAAAAGGGGUGUGUGUGUGUGUGUGUGUGUGUGUGUGUGUGUGUGUGUGUGGACAGUGGGGGGGGUCUCUCUGAGUCCGGUGGCUCAUGUGUGCUCCUUCGCUAUGCCCAUGUUUGCUGUAAAGGGGCGGAGCUCUGCAGACUGAACUAGAACGGUGGCGACACGUCACACUUUUUAAUAUGAAGGACUUUUAUCUAUUUAAAACAAAACGGGGGGAGGGGGGUGUCUCCUGUGUACAGAUCUGAGUCUCACUACCACCCCCCACCCCCAAGUGCUGCGAUGCUCUCCUGGUGCUUCCUCUAUCUGUGAUGUGUAACACUGUACCACUAGGAGGCGCUGCUGGGGGGGAGGCCAGGGUUCGAGAGACGCUGUCGCAGGGACUCGAGGGUCUCGUGUCCCUAAUAGACGUCCUUUCUACGGUCCUUUAUAUUGUAAACGUUCUUUAGCCAUGAGAAGUUGCUUAAGAAGUGAAAAGCUGCAUCAGUAACGAAUGUCACUUUUUGUUGUCGCUCCUCUCG